AGGAAUGGCGCUCGGCGCGGUAUUUUGAACAAUCGCCUUUUUUUUCUCCUUCUCCUCGUUUUGUCUCGGAAAAGAAGCUUUGCUCGGCGUCCCAAAAACUCUGGGGGAUCAAAUCAAAGCUGAGACUCUGCCAGCAUGGACGUGGUGUCACCAGAGCUCAACAGCCUCCUUCCUGAUGAGAUCAUGGACACCGAGGCCAUAGAAGAUGUCGCUCAGCCUCAACCGGACGGCGCCGCGGUCCCGUCGGAGCCCACCGACGACACGUCAGUCCCCAUGGAAACGGACACGCCGAUGGCCUCGGAAAGUUUGACCCUCUGCUCGGACGCGGCUCCAGUAGAUCACACUCAGGCUCUCACCGCCUCUACGGACUCCACACACAGCGUCACGGCAGGAGGUCAGCUUCCCAUCUCGAUUUCGAGCGCGCCGUCGCCUCUUCUCACGCUCAAACCGGCCUUGGCCACGUCAACGACCACGACCAAAACCACGGACAGCGUGACGGGGACGAGCAUCACUACGAGCGGCUUACAGAAGCUCACGGCUCCCUUCACCAUCUCCGCCGCCAACCAUCAGAUCAUUCUCAACAAGGUGGCGUCAUCGCAAGCCAGCGAGGCGGCGAAAUCUGCCGGCUCCGCCCCGCAAGUCAUCAAACAGGAAGGACAGAAACUUUUGGUGACGGCGAUCGGGAAGUCGGGGCAGCCGAUCGUGCUGCAGCUGCCGCACGCCGGAAACAAGCCCGGCAUCGCACAGACUUCAGGAGACGCCAAAUCGCCGACGCCGCAGUUUAAAGUGGUGACCAUCGGCGGGAGGUCGGAGCUGAAGCCGGUGGUGGGGAGUGCCGGGAAUCAGCUGACCACGUUACAGGCUCAGCAGCUGAAGACGGUGCAGAUCGCAAAGAAGACGCCGACAUCCUCCGCUGCUCCGAUCAAAUUCAUCAUCACCAAAACGGUUAACAGUAAAGGUUUGAGUCCUCAGACGUCCGUGAGUCCCGUCAUAGCAGGUCGAGUCCUGACCCAGAACUCUCCGGUGAUUCCUCCGAGGACCAUCACACUCUCAGAGCCUCAUAACACUACGAUACAGAGUCUGCCCGGGAAAAAGAUCGCCAUCUCGCCCCUGAAGACCCCCAGCAAGGUUACCGUUGUUUCCGUGGCGUCUCCGACCUCCAACGCUCCUCAGAAGUCCGUAGCGUUGCCCGUUAACGUAGCACUCGGCCAGCAGAUCCUCACAGUCCAGCAGUCCACAUCUGGAUCUCCGGUCAAAGUGGCAACGAGCCAGAGCGCCGGACAGGGUAUCAAACCGGUGCAGUCUGUAGCUGUGGGAGGAGUGGGCGGCUCCCAGUUUAAGACCAUCAUCCCUCUGGCCACGCAGCCUAACGUGCAGCAGAUUCAGGUCCCAGGAAGCCGCUUCCACUACGUCCGCCUGGUCACAGCGACCACGGCCAGCAGCACGGGACAACCCAGCGGCCCCAGCACCAGCUCCUUACAGACAGCUAAACCGAUGGUGGUGAGUACCGGAGCAGUGAGGAUGUCUGUCCCAAUCGUCCCGGCACAGACCAUUAAACAGGUGGUUCCUAAACCUUUAACAUCAGCAACACAAGUCGUCACCACCAAUCAGACCCAGCAGCGCCUCAUCAUGCCCGCCACGCCGCUACCGCAGAUCCAGCCCAACUUCACCAACCUGCCUCCAGGAACCGUCCUGGCUCCGGCUCCCGGAGGAGGGAACGUUGGCUACGCCGUGGUUCCAGCUCAGUAUGUCACACAGCUCCAGCAGUCGCCGUUCGUGACCCUCGCCAGCAGCUCUGGUUUCCCCCCGUCCACUGGCAUCCAGACUCAGGCCAGAUUACCGCUCAACGGAUUGUCAACGGCAGAAUCGACGUCACGGCCGAGAAAACCCUGCAACUGCACCAAGUCACAGUGUCUCAAACUAUACUGCGACUGCUUUGCAAACGGAGAGUUCUGCAAUAACUGUAAUUGUAAUAAUUGUUUCAAUAACCUGGAACAUGAAACAGAACGUCUCAAAGCUAUAAAGACGUGUUUGGACCGAAACCCAGAAGCCUUCAAACCUAAAAUCGGUAAAGGUAAAGAAGGCGAGUCGGACCGACGACACAGUAAAGGUUGUAACUGCAAACGAUCGGGCUGCCUGAAGAACUACUGCGAGUGCUACGAGGCGAAGAUCAUGUGCUCGUCCAUCUGUAAGUGCAUCGGCUGUAAGAACUUCGAGGAGAGUCCGGAGAGGAAGACGUUGAUGCAUUUAGCCGACGCAGCGGAAGUGAGAGUCCAGCAGCAGACGGCGGCUAAAACCAAACUGUCAUCACAGAUCUCAGACCUGCUGAUGAGGACGACGCCGGUCAUUUCUAGUGGGAGUGGGAGGCUUCCGUACACGUUCGUGACGAAGGAGGUGCUGGAGGCGACGUGCGAGUGUCUGCUGGAACAGGCGAAGAAGGCGGAGCACGCCCAUCAGCCUCAGGUGGAGGCGGAGCGGAUGAUCCUGGAGGAGUUCGGACACUGCCUCAUGAGGAUAAUCAGCUCGGCGGGGAAAGCCAAAGCGGACUGCGCCUCCAUCAACUGCUAAAGCUGAGCGGAGAGCGCUGGUUCUCCCCGCCACGCUACGCCAUGACACCCCCCCCCUCCUUAAAAAAAAAUA